AUGAGUUAUAAAAAUCCGUAUGCUCAGGAAUAUGAGAUGCAGCCUCAGCAGCAGUCUUAUGGUGGUUCAGGCCAGAACGAUAAUGACUUCGUUGGUUUUAUGAAUGGCAUCAAUAAUAUCAAUACCGGAUUAUCUCAUUACCAGCAAUUGAUUAACAACAUCGAUGUGUUGCAGAGAAGGUUGUUGUCGGAAGUGAACGAGGAAAGGGAACAACAGGCAAGGUCGGAGUUGGAUGCAGUUACAGCAGAAGCAACGAACUUACAAUACCAAUUGAAGGAUUUAAUCAAGCAAUCACAGCAACAAGCCAUUGGUGACUCAGCUAAAGAGGCCCAGGCUGAGAAUUCAAGACAAAGGUUUUUGAAGGCCAUUCAAGAUUACAGGAUCGUGGAGGUGAAUUACAAGGAGCAGAAUAAGGAACAAGCUAAGAGGCAAUACAGGAUUGUACAGCCUGAGGCAACGGAUGACGAAGUGGAAGCUGCCAUCAGCGAUGUUGGUGGUCAACAGAUUUUUUCUCAAGCUUUGUUGAAUGCUAACAGACGUGGUGAGGCCAAGACUGCUUUGGCUGAAGUGCAGCAACGUCAUCAAGAGUUGUUGAAGUUGGAAAAGACGAUGGCAGAAUUAACACAAUUGUUCAACGAUAUGGAACAAUUGGUUAUCGAACAACAGGAAAACAUCGAAGUCAUUGACAAACAAGUCGAGAACGCUCAACAGGAUGUGGAACAAGGUGUUGGUCAUACAAAUAAAGCUGUGAAGUCUGCUAGAAGAGCAAGAAAAAAUAAGAUCAGAUGUAUUAUUAUCUUGGCCCUAGUCUUGGCUAUUGUGGUCGUUGUUAUUGUUGUUCCAGUUGUUGUUAAGACAUAA